AUGUCCCUCGCUCAGCAUACAGUAUCUCGUGUCUGGCCCGUUUGGCUUCCAAAAGUAGCUCAGACAGGAACUCGAUCCAUCACCCGCGAAGCUAGUUCCUUUGUUGGAGCUGAUUCACAAACAACAGUUCCAGGAGUGCCAACGAAAACACGCCCAGCCAAAGAAAUAUUCGAUGCCAAUCAGAAGAAAGUCUAUACGACUCUUUAUGCCAACAGUCACUACCCAGCCAAGAAGCACUGA